ACAAUUAUUUCUUCUUUUGCUGUGAUUCUGUCCCUCAUCGCCGCAACCUUAGCCAUAUCCAAGCACAUACCACACAAGGAUAGCCAGACAUUUCACUUCGAAUGCGGCGAGACGCCAUCCGAUGCAGCCCGCCUAGGGUGCAAAUUCGACCUAUCUGCCUUCGCGUGGGUACCACCCGCCUGCUUCGACGGCGAGAUGAUGGAAGACUUUCUCAACUCCAGCGAUUGGAAAUGGUCGCUGGACCGCGAAGGCCAACAAAUGGUGUCAGAGGAAUACGCCCGGACAGGGGACUUCGAGUAUCUCUACACCACAGCGACAUACCACGCCACACAUUGCAAGUACGCAUACAAGCGGCUCACUCGGGCGAUGUUAUUACGGGAUCAGAGCGGGAUUGAUGGGUACAUCGGGGGUAUUGGACACGUGGACCACUGUAUGCAUAUGAUUGAGAUGGCCGCCGCAGGGAAUACGGAUAUCUGGGGGACAGGUAAAGCAUAUACGAAGAUGGCCUCAUGUGGACAGGGGGUGUUUGAGUCAGGGAAUGGCUGGUUUGGAUGGGAUAAUGGACAGAAGAUUUGGGAGCUUCCU